UUUAUCAGUGAUAGUGAGAGAUGAUUCUUCUCUUGAUUGUAUUACUUUUUUUCAAGUAUUGAAGUUACUUUGCAGUCAUCCAGGUGUCUCUAGAUUAUGUUGCAGAUCCAUCAAUCUGCAUCCAUGGAUCAUGGAGGGUCCUUGAUGUUAAGUUCAAUUGUUACUUGAUCUCGGGCUGCAACCGGUCAAUCUGCAAGCCAAAUUCGGCAUCCACUGAACAUGGACGAUACGACAUCGGUAUCUACCGGUCCUUAUUCAGCCUCAGGGAUGGAGUAUUCAGAUACCGGUCCUUAUUCAGCCUCAGGGAUGGAGUAUUCGUCGAUUCAUAAUCAAUCCCACAAUACUUGUCAAUGGCACUUGCAACCAGAAAUGACUGAUGGAAUGACGCGUUCUCAAGCAACACAAGGCCAUUCUCUAGAAGUAGAAGCUUCGCAACAACCGAGACCGGGAGGUCAGAGACCUAGAAUGAGUAUAGAUGAGAGAAAAGCACGCAAAAGGCAGAUUGAUGCCAAACAUAGGCGGCGGAAGAAGGCUAUAUUCGACGAAAUGACUGCCCAGAACCAAUUCUUGCAAGACGAAGUCCAGAGGUUAAAAGAGGUAAUCGGACGGUUGAGUUCCGGUAACACACACUUAAAAGAGAAAACUGGACAGCCGAGCUUCGAGAACAGACACCUUCAAGGCAAGGGACAACUUCCACAAGAAAUUCUGCAGAGUCAAGACAGUUACAUUUCCCAACCAACAAUUCAGGUUGAGCAAAAUGUUUAUGUCCAGAGCCAUCAUUGUUUGGAGGAUAUCCGCGCCGAAGGAGCUGCCGAUGAGUGUGAUGGUUUGGGAAUAGAUGAGUUACUAAAUCUAUUGUCUCCUGAGAAUGAGAUGACUCGGGAUGGAAGAUUUGCUUUCAAGGUGUCUGCUACCGAGCAUCCAACGAGUUCUCAGAGUGGUUUGUGUCCCUCUGAGGUGGCUAAGAGCAAAUUGGAUAAGUUCCUUACGGAACUCGACGCAGAAGUUACGAGCUAUGCAGAUCCCUCGUACUUCGCAGGCUUAGAGGAGGAGGAGCUGGUAGGAGUUGAGAAAUUUAGAAUUCCAUCAUCUCUGGUUCCGACUGCCGAGAUGAUAAAAGAUUACUAUGGCGACAUUUCUGCAAAAAGUCUAAUAAGUCCCCGUGUUUCUGGAAUAAUCUAUAUAAUGUUCUGCGCCACGAUACGAGAGAUGGGAAGUCUACGGCUCGACCAGGUUACCGAGAGCAUAAUGCUGCAAUGGAGAUAUGUAAUCAAGGAUGCUUUACGCCUUGGUUUCAAUGUGACAUUCGCCAUGGAUCAUUUGAAGAAAAUUGCUUGUGCUUACUUUGGUCUAACAUGGCGCCAAGAGCUCCAAGACAGGUAUGCAAAGAUCUUAACUUUAGAGGCUGAAAUUAUCGAACGGAAGGAAAAACGUGCUAUGAUAUAUGAGAAGUAUCAGACGAGUUUUGAGGCCACUGAGAAGUUCACCGGAGUACCUGUCAGCACAGGUUUAUUUCCUUAGUCUUCUACGAGAUGCCGUUCUUAAUACUUGUACUGCAGAAAAAUACCAUCACAUGAAACUGUCAUACCAUUUUACCUGAUAUCUCGCUCAUUCAAACACAAUCUCUUUGUAUUGUAUUCGUAAUUGUCGAAAUAAUGCUCGUCAUUUUUUCCACUUUAAGCCUUAAAUCUUGUAUCGGCAUCGAAACCACCUCUGCGUUUUGCAUCUGUUUGAUAAUAUGCAACUCCAAGUCUCCAUUGAGCAAAGGGUUUCUCUAUCAAGUACUGAUGCUCAAGCUACCACCUACACAUUGUUGGUAGUGGCUCAAAUACUGAAGUUCUGUCCCAUAUUCCUUUUUAGCUUGUAGCACCUUCAGCAAAAUCAAUGCUCAAGCAGGGAAGAAUUUUUUUUUACUUUAGAGGAACAACAUGUGAUCCCUACUCGAGAGAAAAU